AUGGUCUCCGCCGCCGAUUUCAUGAGGCAGCACCAGGCUCAGCUUGCUAACGCCGCUGCCGAGCAACCUCCCAUGGCUGAUCCUUUCCCGGCCCUCACUCAGGAUCCCUUCCCUGCCGCUGAGCCUGCUGCUCCCUCUGCUUCCGCAUCCAGUACUACUACUGCUGCUGCUGCUCUUGGUGCUGCCAACGGUUCCUCCUCCACUCCUGACGCUCCUUCUGCUGGCGCUGCCACCAAGGGUCGUACUCAAGCCUCGGCUCGUGCCAAGUCGCCCGACUUAUCCGAAUCGGCUUUCCCUUCGCUCGGUGCCGCCGUCAACCCCGCCAAGGGUCACUGGGCCAACAAGGGUUCCACCUGGAACGGCUCUGCCCCAGUUAUUCAGCGUUCCGUUGCUCAGCAGACCCUCUCGCUUUCGCUUUCGCACGACUCCAUCAAUAAGCUCUCCUCGAUCAUGUCCAAGGUUCAGAAUAAGUACCGCGGUCUCAAGGUUGAAGCCUCCACCACUCGCAAGACUGGCACCACCACCUUUGUGCUUAAGGCUGCCGACGAGGCCCUCGUAAAGAACGCCAAGCGUGAGAUCACCGUCCUUCUUGCCAAGCACGUCUCGACUCAGAUCAUGAUUCCGGCCUCGCUCCGUGCCUUUGUCAUCGGUACCAAGGGCAAGAACCUCAAAGCCAUCACCGAACAGACCAGCGUCAAGAUCAACGUUCCUCACCGUGACCCUGCAGCUGACCAGGCCAUCGACACCGAUGCAAACCAGCGCAACACCAUCGACUACGAAAAUGACGAGCAGAUCCCAAUCACGCUCGAGGGCGACGAGAUCAACGUCAAGCAGGCUCAAGCCAUGAUCCAGUCGAUCGUUGCCGAAAGGACUUCCAAGAUCACCCAGCGUCUCACCCACAUUGACCACAUCUUCUAUCCCUUCAUUGCUGGCCCCAAGGGUGCCAACGCUGCCAAGCUCGAGAAGGAGGCUGGCGAGGGCGAGAUCUCGGUCCGAGUGCCCCCUCGUGCCGCCUUCUUGCACAGCAAAGACGGUGACGACGAAUCGGCCGAGCCCAAGCGUGAGCGUGAUCUCGCCAUUGUCGUCUCUGGAGACCGUGAAAAGGUGAACAAGGCCGUCACUUCCAUUGAGGCUCAGGUCGAAGAGAUGAAGAACUCCUUCCGCACCCUCGCUAUCAGCAUCCCCAAGCGUCAGCACCGCUUCUUGGUCGGUGACGCUGCCAACGACAUCCUCGCUUCCACCUCCUGCAGCGUCGAGCCGGCCGCUAUCGACGACCCUUCCGACAGCGUCACUAUUCGUGGUCCUCAGACUCAGCUGCCUUUGGCACUGACUGCUGCCAUGGAGAAAGCCAAUGCCGUCCGUGUCGAGGUGGUCGACGUUGUCGCUGCUCACCGAUCCCUCGCCAAGGACCCUGUCGGCCAUGCCAAGCACGUUCUUCGAUGGCUCAACGUCGGAGGCAAAAUCCCCCGCAGCUCCACCGCUCAAAUCUACCUCCCGCGUCCUGCCAUUGUCGAGUCGACUGGCAACGUUCAUAUCGAGAUCGUUGGCUCAGACGCUAGCGAAGUUUCCAAACUCCGAGAGACGAUCCAGGAGCUCGUCAAAACAGUUCCUCCGUUCUUCGUCGAGGAAAUCGAUCUCGACCCUCUCCUGCACCGCUUCAUCAUCGGCAGGAAGGGUCAGAGCUUGAAGCCCUACGAGGCUCGCGGUGUCGACGUUCUCUUCCCUCCCGCUUCCUCGAGCGCCGACGGUGACUCUCGUUCCGACGUUCUCCUCGUCCUUGCAGGCUCUUCUGUUGUCUCUGGGCUGCCUGCAGACCGCAAGGCGCGCGAGGCCAAGGCCAAGGAGAUCCUGGAUGCCGUCAAGCAAGACAUCCAAAAGGCUCAAGUCGCAGCUGCCGACAUCCGCACCGAAACUCUCACAGUUCCCCCCAAGCUCCACCGCGCCAUACUCGGUCCCAACGGCACCACACUCAACGCCGUCAUCGGCGAGGAUAGGCUGGUAGCUGUCAAGCUUGGCUCCAGCAAGGCUGCGUCUCCUGCCUCGACUGACAAGUCUGGCUCUUCCCUCUCCGAAGACUCAAUUAUGGUUCGUGGCCCCAGCUCUGAAGUCGAGCGUGUUGUCAAGGAGCUCAAGCGCAUCGCCGUUGAAGCCGAGCAGGACAGCAUCAUCAAUGGCCAUGUAGUCGAAUUCUCCGUCGAUGCCAGCCACGUGCCGCACCUUGUUGGACGUGGCGGUUCUGCCAUCACAAAGCUGCGGGAGGAGCUCGGUGUUCGCAUCGACUUUGGCGAGCCUUCUAGUGCUGAACGUGGCGACGGCGCCAAGAAGGGAAAAAAGGCCACUUCCAGCACCAAGGUGGUCCUCACAGGUCGUAAGGAGAACGUCGAGGAGGCCAAGAAGCGUCUCCAGACACAGAUCGAGAGGCUGGCAGACGAGACUACCGUCACCCUCAAGAUUCCUCAGGAGAUGCACGGCAGUUUCAUCGGCCAGGGCGGCAAGUACGUCACCCGACUCCAGGACACCUACGCUGUCCGCAUCAACUUCCCCAACGCCAACGCCCAGAGCGGCGUCUCGACUCCCACCGAGGGAGCCGAUGACAAGCCUGCUGGUGGUCGCGCCGCACACAAGCCUGACGAGGUCAUCAUCAAGGGUGGCAAGAAGGGCGUUGAAGGUGCCAAGGCCGAAUUGCUCGAGCUGCUGGAAUACGAGAAGGAGCACAACAACGUCUCGACCCUCACAGUAAGCACCAAGUCGAUCGCCCGCAUCAUGGGCAAGGGCGGUGCUACGAUCAAGCAGAUUCGUGACGAGAGCGAGGCUCAGAUCGACGUCGAUCGCGAGGACAACGAGCAGGACGGCACCACCUCGAUCAAGAUUCGCGGUACCAAGAAGGCAAUCGCUGCUGCCCGCAAGGCGAUCGAAUCUAUCGCAUCUGAGGUGGACGCCGAAGAGGUCUUUACGCUCACCAUCGCUCCCGAGCACCAUGGUAUCCUGAUCGGCCCCCAAGGAUCCAACAUUCGCGAUCUCAUCAUCAAGGCAGGUGGACCUGAGGAUGCCAAAGCCUCGUCUCAGUACGUUCAAUUCCCUCGCCGAAACGAGAAAGACUCCUCCACCGUCACUAUCCGUGGCCCUGCAUCGUUGGCCAAGGCGAUCCGUGAUGAGCUCAAGAGCGCCGCCGAGGGCCUUGCUUCGCGCGUUGUCUACGGUGUCAUCGUCGCUCCCCAGGCACAAAGGAUGCUGAUUGGCCGCGGAGGAUCUCGCCAGUCAGAGCUGCAGACACAGUACUCUGUCCGCCUCAUCUUCCCAGGCUGGAAGGAAUACUCUUCGACUGGCGAGCCCAUCAACAAGUCCGACCUCGCUGGUGGUGACGACACCACCAUUGUCAAGAUCAUUGGCGCCGAGGACAGGUGCAAGGCAUUGGCCGAGGAGAUCAAGUCGAGCUUCGCGUCCGUCACCAAGUCGAUCGACGUCCCCCGCGCUGUGCACGCCCGCAUCGCUACUCCUCAGUUCUUUCGCCAGCUCCGCUCGGACUUUGGCGUUUCGGUUGACACUCCUCGCGACUCGGCUUCGUCUUCGGCUUCGGCUUCGAUCCCAGCCGCUUCCGCCAAGAACGGCGCCAAGGCUUCGGAUGCCCGCAUCGACGAUGAUGACGCAGCAGACGCCGAGGAGAACGAGUUUGAGCUCGAGGAGCUCUCGUCAACCUCAGGCAGCGAUGUUGUCUCUUGGACCUUGACCGGAAAAGAUGAAGCUUCCCUGCAAAAGGCUGAGAAGCGCAUCCAGGCCUCGAUCAAGGACGCUGGCAACACUUCGCACCAAGGCAAGCUGUGGAUCACACCCUCUGCCGUCCCCCGAGUGAUUGGCCGCGGUGGUAGUGGCCUCAUGAACAUCCAAAAGGAGUCAGGCGCCACCAUCGAAAUUCCUCGUGACGCUGGCGGACUUUGCAUCAUCCGUGGUUCCAAGGACGCUGUUCUCCUGGCCAAGGAGCUUAUCGAGAACGUCGCUUCUUCAAGCGGACGUGCUUGA